AUGGCUUCCCCAGCCCCACGGCCUCCGCCGGGACUGGCCUGGCCGGCGGGAGCCUGCCGGCCGGCGGGGCGCCUGCUUGAGGCCCGCACAGCAGACGAAGCGGUGCACUGCGUGCGACGCUGGGGCAUCGCUGUUCUCCGAGGCAUCCUUCCUCGGCCGCUGGUGUCGACUUUGCAUGCCGAAUGCCUGCGCGUCUUGGAGGGACUGCGUGGUCCCCCGAAUCGCGGGAAGGCCCGGCGCUACGCGCGGUUGCGGCCCUCCAGGGCUUUUCUGUCUCCGGAGGGAGUUAUCGGGCACCCAAUCCUGGACGCGGCAUUAGCUGAGCUACUUGGUGCGGACUAUGCAGCCUAUCAGCUGGCAAUGGAUGUUCCAUACCAGGGCUCGGAGCACCAACCGCUGCAUUCGGACGUCGUCAGGGCCGUGGACGAAGGAUUUCCACCUGAACCCCUGGCGAUGGUAUCAGUGAACUUUGCCCUCGUGGACGUGCACGAGGAGAAUGGACCGCUGGAGGUCCUCCCUGGCAGUCAGGAGGUCUCCCUGGCAGCAGCGCCAGCGUUGCUGGCAAAGCGGCGCCUGCGGCGACUGCUUCUUUCCCGCGGUGACGUGGCGUUGCGGGACCUCCGCGCUUUGCACAGGGGCAGCCCCAAUCGCUGCCCCCAGCCACGGACCAUGGCCGUCUGGGGCUUUGCCAAGGCCUGCGCCAUCUCGGGAAACCUCCGGGGUGGCCGCCGCCUCGGCAGCAGCGGUGCCUUUGCGAGCCGCAUCUCCAUGCUGAAAGAGGAUGAGGCCGCUCUCGACACCAGGCAGCGCCAGAUCCUCCGGCUCAUUCCGCUGUCCAGGUGA